AUGCCCGCCAACGAACAAAGAAGUCCGGAGAGUGAUAAACAAUUCAGUCAUUCAGGCUCGACUGCCAAACCAGGCAGCUCCGCAGCUUCGGAAGAUGUGUAUGUUGAGGAUGUUUCUUCUCGCGACUCUGGAUACGACGGCGAUAUUGAGGUGGUGAAACCGUACUCUAUUGAGGAACCGGAGGAUGAUGAAGCUCCUAGGCUCGUCCCUAGACUUGCCAUUUCAGCCGCUUCAAAUGGCGCCGAAUCGUGGCAAGAGGAAUUGGUGGAUUCAAUGCAAGAUCUGCACUGCGACUCGGAUCAUCCUGACUUGCGGCACCGUUCGAGCCACAAGAGAGGCAGAAAGAGGAAAACACCCACCUUCGCAGCUGGAGAUUCGGGGUCUGGUCGGCGACAGCUCUAUGAGGCAGUUCACGAUAUCCAGUACGAAGGACCUAGUGCGAGCCCGAAGAGAUUACGUCGACGAAGCAAAUGCUCGAAAGAAGGGAUAAGAACUACUCUCUCACCACGCAGCUCGAGUGAAACCGAUUCGCCUACGAGCCUUAGUCUGAGUCCUCAAUCCACGGAUGCAAGCGGGAGAAGCCCGAGCAAUAAACCUAACGUCACCGAUGAAAUGGACAUAGAUUGA